GAUCAAUCUAGGCGUUACAAUCAGUCGUCGGUUAGACUCGAAGCAGUUCGAUUGUGCGCUUAUUCAUUACAAACUAAUAAAACGGUGUUCUAUUGCUCACCCCUGAGAUUCCUAAAGUUCCAAAUUCGAAAUGAUGAGACUGUUGUUUUCGUCUGUGGCACGUUCCAGCAGAAGCCGUUAUGUUUCGCCCUUACUAAAUCAGCGAUUUCGAAACUUAAGUGAUGCUGCGUCUCCUUCCGCUAGUAAAAGCGUCGAGAGAAACGUCCUGGAGUCACCCUACGGUCCAGUUAACAUCCCGAAAAUGUGCCUUACCGAGUUUAUUUUUGGAGGCGUCCAACAGGCAGCUGAUAAACCGGCACUGACUUGUGGCUCGAGCAAACGGAGCUAUAACUAUGGCAUGAUCUACGAGAUGUCUCGCCGGAUGGCACAUGGUCUGCUCGCUCAAAAAGGUUGCGCCAUGCGCCCGAAGGAAGUCGUCGGAAUUCUCCUGCCCAACAUUCCGGAGUAUGUUCCCGCUCUUCAUGGCAGUCUGUUGGCGGGUUUGACCGUUACCUUCGCUAAUCCACUGUAUACUCCAGAGGAAAUAUGCCGACAGUUCGAAAAUGCCGGUGUUCGUCUAGUGAUAACGAUACCAGUCUUGCUACCUGUAGCCCAUAUCUACAAGAGCAAAGCACCGAAGUAUCGAGGCACAAUCAACAUUGGCGGGAAGCACAACGUCACCGAGAACGUGUUCGGUUUCGAGCAGUUGCUACUGGAGGACCACAAAGUUGAACUACCCACGGUGGAUCCGGAUGAGACUGCCAUCUUGCCCUACUCAUCCGGUACCACUGGAAUGCCAAAAGGAGUCAAACUGAGUCAUAACAAUCUGGUCGCUAAUUUGGCACAAGGAUCACAUCCCGAAAUGAACAAAUACUGCCGCCCGGAGUUUGAAGGUUAUACCGAAACCAUUUUAACAAUACCUCCAUUUUUCCACAUUUUUGGUUUCAAUGGCAUCUUGAACCCCUGCUUGAAAUCUAGGAAUCAUCUAAUCUCGAUACCUCGCUUCAUCCCAGAGGACUACAUUCAGUGUUUGGUUGAGUUUCAACCGAAAUUUCUGUUUGUGGUUCCUUCGUUGAUGCUGUUUUUGGCCACCCACCCGAAAGUAACGGCCGAGCAUUUGUCCAGCGUAGAUUCGGUUCUGGUAGGGGCGUCGGCCGCCUCAAUCCAGUUACAGGAGAAAUUCAAACAAAAAUGUGGUAAGGAUGUGGAUAUUACCCAGGGCUAUGGCAUGACCGAGUGCUCUCCGGUUGCCCUCUGCACUCCGUACAAGUACGAUCUCAGCAAGGUGGGUACCUGUGGACAGUUAUAUCCAAAUACCCAAGCCAAAAUCGUUUCACUGACGGAUGGAAGCAAUUUGAGCGCUCAUCAGACCGGUGAACUUUACAUUCGAGGACCGCAGGUCAUGAAGGGUUAUCUGAAUAAUGAGCAGGCCUCCAGAGAAACCGUGGACGAAAGUGGAUGGCUUCAUACCGGGGAUGUAGCCUAUUACGACCAGGAUGGUUACUUUUUCAUCGUUGAUCGGACAAAAGAGUUGAUCAAAGUAAAAGGAAACCAGGUAUCCCCGACGGAGUUGGAAAAUCUCAUACUGGAGUUGCCGGAAGUUUCUGACGUUGCCGUGGCCGGCAUUCCGGACGAAGCAGCCGGAGAGCUUCCACGUGCUUAUGUAGUUUUGAAGCAGGAUCAAGUCCUGGAGGAGGCUGUUAUUAUAAACCACGUUAAACAACGCGUUGUCAAGUACAAGCAACUAGCCGGAGGCGUUCAGUUUAUCAAAGAAAUACCCCGAAACGUCAGCGGGAAAGUUUUGAGACAUCAGCUGCAUUUACUAGGCGGCCAGUUGGAAGAUUGAAAAACUUUAAGGUAUCAUUUUUUUCUGCUGUGUAAAACUGGGUGUUUUUUUAGAAUCCAUGAUCAUAUUCGGAUGAUGGCUAGUUAGAAUAAGUAGAUCAGUUAAAUAUACUAGUUAGUAAAUUAGACAUUUAAAGUGGGAAUUGAGCUUUUAUCUAGAUCCCUAAGCCAUAAGACAGUAAUGGAAACUAACCAUUUAACAAAACAUAGAUUCUUAAGUGAAAAUUUAUGCAUAAUUUUGGUAAAAAAAUAAAUUUUAUAAAAAAAAUUGAAAAA